ACCGGGAAACACUUGUGAAAGAUUUGUGCGAUUGAUAAUUCAAAGAAAAACUAUAAUAAGUUAAAAAAUGGAUGAAAUAAAUGAUUUUUUCGACUUUUCAAAGGAUUUCGAAAAGAAAACAGUGCCGCUUGGAUGUGUGUCAGGCUCUGCCACUGCUAUGGCAGGCAAGCCAAAAGAGUCCGAACGCAUACAAAUACGGCGGGAGUAUGCGGGAACAUCGUAUGCCAGAGAAUUGGCUCAGUUGGAACGCUUGAGAUUGGACGAGGUGGACCUAUACGAUGAUAAAAAUAAAAGCCGUUAUGACGAGGCUCGCAGCACUGUGGCCUCUUCGUGCAUGGAUGAUUUGGAAAAUCUAACAAGCGAAGAUGAUGAUGAUGAUGCUUCGGAUGGAAAUCCACGUGCCCGCUUGGACGAUGGCAUCUACGAUCGUUAUCCAUUUGAUAUGAAUCGGGAUGAGGACUUGCCCAUAUUCGAAAAACGUGAUGAAAUUGUAGAAAUGAUACGUACAAAUCCUGUGGUCGUAUUGGAAGGUGAUACCGGUUGCGGUAAAACUACACAGGUACCUCAAUACAUCCUAGAUGAUGCUUGCAGUCGACGGCAAUACUGCAAAAUCGUUUGCACACAACCCAGACGUAUUGCUGCUAUAUCAAUUGCCCGUCGUGUGUGCCAUGAGCGCAAAUGGCAGGAAGGGACUUUAGUGGGUUAUCAGGUUGGCCUGCAUGCCAAUUUAAGCGAAGACACUCGCCUUCUCUACUGCACAACGGGUGUUCUCUUGCAAAAGUUAAUAAGGGAAAAAACACUUGGCUCCUAUACUCACAUCAUUUUGGAUGAAGUACAUGAAAGGGAUCAAGACAUGGAUUUCCUGUUGAUAGUUAUAAGACGUUUAUUGACCACCAAUUCGAAACAUGUUAGAAUUGUCUUAAUGUCUGCCACCAUUAAUACCUAUGAGUUUGCAAAUUAUUUUAAAAUCAGACGUGAGCCUGCCCCCAUCAUGAAGGCCGAUUCUCGACGCAUGUAUAAAGUGAAAGAGUUUUAUUUAUGUGAGCUAGAUCGCAUUAAUAAUAAAAAUGUUCAAAUUGAUUAUACUGAACCUGGAAUCUCAACCGAAAUGUAUGGCAUUGCCCUGAAGUUGGUUUAUGUCAUUGAUAACAUUGAGAAGCAUGACGAUCCUAAGGGCGUACAAAAUAAUUCCAUACUCAUCUUUUUGCCAGGCAUCAAUGAAAUUGAUAAAAUGUGUAGAAAAUUGGAAGAAUUUGGGGAUACCGAUGACAACUCCAUGAAAUUAAAUCCCAUUCGUUUGCAUUCCCUCAUUUCGCCAGAUGAACAAGUUAAAAUAUUUCACCCAGCCGCAAAGGGUUAUCGUAAAAUCAUCUUAGCCACUAAUAUUGCAGAAAGUUCCAUUACAGUGCCUGAUGUAAAAUAUGUCAUUGAUUUUUGUCUUAGCAAAUCAUUGGUCACGGAUUCAGCCUCGAAUUUCUCUUCUUUGCAAUUACAUUGGGCAUCCAAAGCAAAUUGUAGACAAAGAUCUGGACGUGCUGGGCGUGUAAUGAAUGGCAGAGUUUAUCGUUUGGUGCCACGCUACUUUUAUGAGAAUAACUUGGAUGAGUUUAGCAUACCCGAGAUGCUUCGAUGUCCCCUGGAAAAUGUGGUUCUUAGAGCAAAACUUUUAGAUAUGGGACCUCCACCGCAUAUUUUGGGUUUAGCACUGAGUCCACCAAAUCUUAGUGACAUUCACAACACUAUUCUAACUUUAAAAGAACUGGGAGCAUUGUAUACUACCAUAAAUGGUACCUAUUCAGUGCAAGAUGGUGAUAUAACAUACAUGGGCCGUAUUAUGGCUAGUAUGCCUCUGGAUAUACGUCUAAGUCGUUUGAUAAUAUUGGGACAUAUGUUCAGUGUUUUGGAUGAGGCGGUAAUAAUGGCUGCUGGCUUGAGUGUUCGUUCAAUUUUCAAAUUUCAAGGUAAAUCACCACAACACGAUUGUGAGGCGUAUGUUAAAAAGUUGGUGUGGGCUGAUGGCUCCGGUUCAGAUUUGUUUGCAAUUCUAAAAGCCUAUAAAACUUGGCUUUCAAUGCGUGAACAAAACAAUAUUCGUGAAGAGGGUGAAUAUGCUUGGGCCAAUCGCUUCUACAUUAACUUGCGUUCGAUUAAAGAAAUGCAUCUGCUGAUACAAGAGCUGAAAGAACGUUUAAAUGCUUACAAUUUCAAAGUUAAUAAUACGCAUCAACGUGUCCUAUGGUUGGAUCGUGAAAAGACCAUAAUUCUUAAGAUAGUUAUUGCCGGUGCAUUUUAUCCAAACUACUUCAAUCGAAGUGCUCUUAAUGAAACAGAUCGUGAGCGCGGUGUUUAUCAUGUUCUAUGUGGCAAUGAUCCAUGCCGCACUGUAUACUUCACCAACUUUAAUACACGACACAUUGGUCAGCUUUAUACUCGGCAUAUCAAGGAUUUGUUCAGUGAUGUGCAUAUACCACCUCAGAAUAUGGAGGUGAGAUUUCAACCUGGCUCGGAGAAGGUAUUUGUUACCUUCCGCAAUGAAUUUGAAGAUGAUUACGAUGAGAGUAGUCAACGUUUAAUAGUGCCGGGGAGAGUGCGUCCCGAAGUGUAUAAAGCUGUGCGCAUGCGCAUGUCCAAAAUGCGUUCUUUUAUAAAUGUCAUGGAUCCUCGCGUUGGUGUUAAAUACGCUGAAGAAAGAGGUUAUGGUGCCAUGGUGGAUGGUGUUUGGCAGCCAAAGAAGAAUGACUUGAAAUAUCCCGAUUUGAUAGUAUUACCUUCAAUUUUCCAUAAGAAAUUAAAAGGGCGUAUCACACAUAUUGACCACUGCAGCAAAUUUUUCUUUUUGCCUAUAGAAGAGAAAGAUCGCUUGAAUGAAAUCUUGGAAGCCAUAAAUACAACCAAAGAAUUGGAGGAAGCACGUUUCGCCACUCCAGCUGCCAUUUCCAAAGGCAUGAUUUUGUGUGCUCCCCUCAAUGAUCGUUAUCAUCGUGCCAAGGUACUGAAGGUUUGCUCCUCCAGUUCUUUGCAAUUUAAGGUUCUCUUCAUUGAUGAUGGCAGCACCGCUUUUAUACGGUUUGUUGAUUUGCGUGCUUUGUGGCCCAGAAUUGCCUCUUUAGCUGAAAUACCUCCCAGGGUAUUUCAAUGUCGUCUGGCUAUGGUUCAACCCUCAUCGGUGUGUGCACCAAAUGGCAAAUGGCCAGAAGAAACCAAAGAUUUGUUGCAGGAUUGCGCCGACGCAGGGAUAUUGGAAAUUGAAAUAUUUUCAGUGGUUGAGGCUGUGGCAAAUGUGAUUAUCAAUGUUCGUAAUACCACGUUUAAUGACAUACUAGUGGAGAGACAAUUUGCACGAAAAUCCGAUGAGAACUAUCUAUCAAAGACUGAUCAUGACUUCCGCCUACGUAAACAGUCCGUAGCUAGUCGUUAUCUCGAUGAAGAUCACAUGCGACAAAAUGAAGAAUAUUUACGUUUUAUACAACCAUUAAAGGAUAAGGAUGUCGAACCACCACCACUUAAAAAUUGCAAUAAAAUACUAAAGCUGCGUGGUCCCUUCUCGCCGCUUGAGACAAAGAUAUUUUCUGCAGUACGUGCUGGCACCUGGAAGUGUGUUGACAUCGAACGAGAUUCUGUAAAUUCGGUAAUGCUCGAUACCGAUCCGCAAGAUGUACAUGAACGUUUGAUUGUGGCCGCCGGUAUAACUGAAACACAAAGCGGCGAAACAAUAGUGGCACGUUCAACAACCCUUAUGCCAAAUAUUCAUGGUUUUGGAGCUCUGAUGACAAUGCUUUUUUGUCCUACUAUGCAAGUUAAACGUAAUAGCAGUUGCACCAAAUAUGUAGCCAUAUUGGCUGGCCUGGGCUUUGAUCCGCAUACCUACAAUCCUUUGUAUGGUGAACAUGAUGUAGUGCUGAAUUUGGAUGUGGAAAUCAAGAAGGAGGAUUUUGAAUUGAUAAAUCAGCUUCGCUAUUGUAUGGAUUGCUUACUUUUUACGGAUCCCGGCGAAGAAAGACCGAAUUUAACACCCAAAGAAGUUGGUGAUUUAAAAGCUAGAAUGAAGCAGCUAGUAAUCAAACUUUUAAAACAAAAUCGCAAAUACAUUGAGAUACAUACCGAUGAAAAUGACAAUGUUUGGCAACAUCAUGAAGCUUCAGAGAUUUUAGAAACCACAGCCGUAUUGGGUGAGCGUUCCAUUUUCCCAUUAUUGAAUGCAUUGAUUUUGCAUGACGAACAAUAUGAUGCCACCCAAGCAUUACUAAAACAUUGCGAGGAGUUACAUGGUCUGAGGCAUAUGGAUGGAACUGUAAAGCCCGUCACUUGUCGUUUGUGCAACCAGUAUUUGGAGAAUGUUGUUCAAUUACGAAUUCAUUUGCUCUCCCAAUUACAUCGUGAUCGUGAAUUACAGAUACGUUACCACAAAACAAGAGAUUUGUAAAACUGUUGCCACAUUUUGAUUGUGAACAGCAGCAGCAGUAGUGUUGAAAACACUUAAAAAAAGCAAAAAAAAAAAAAAAAAAUCAAAAACCUAUUUGACAUGCAUUUAUUCUCAAAAAGCUAUGCUUUUUAUUUUAUCAUGAAUUCUUCUUCUUUUGUUGUUUAUAAAGUGAAUUUAGUUUUAAGUUGGAUUUUUUUUCCCGAAAUAUUUGUUUAAGGACAUUGACUUUUCAUAAUUGUACUCUGGCUCAAAGAAGUUUGUUUUUAUUCCAUU